GCAUUGGCUCAUCUCCACUUAAUAGAGUAUGUCGGAGAACAGACUGCUUUGCUCAUAAAGAUGGUUCCAGAGGAUAGGCGCCUUGCAGCUGCCAUCGUCCUAGUAGUAUGGGUCUCGGCCUUGGCGUCAUCUUUGAUUGACAACAUUCCGUUCACUGCUACCAUGAUUCCCGUGCUCCUGAACCUGAGCCAAGACCCUGAGGUCAGCCUGCCUGCGCCACCACUCAUGUACGCCCUGGCCUUCGGUGCCUGCCUGGGAGGUAAUGGGACACUGAUUGGAGCAUCUGCAAAUGUCGUUUGUGCAGGAAUUGCAGAGCAACAUGGAUAUGGAUUCUCUUUCAUGGAAUUUUUCAGGUUGGGCUUCCCGAUGAUGGUGGUGUCCUGCACUGUYGGGAUGUGUUAUCUCCUUGUUGCUCAUGUUGUAGUGGGAUGGAAUGAAUAGGUAUCCAUCAACGGAAGAUUAAGGGAUACCUGGUCCAUCACCAACAUCUGACAUAAAACUACCCCAGGACCACUCUUUGGAGAAGAAAAGGUGCUUAUCCUGGGAUGGUGCUGCAUGGAGAUGCGCUGGAACGGACCUUUGGCAUUCACACACACUCUUGAUUGAAUGAAUGCKGGAAAAUCAUGGUGUUCUCUUUAUGCUAUUUCUCCCUGAGAUGGGGUUGGCAGGGGGACAAAAGUAUAGGCAAUACAAGAUAACUUACCCAAGAGUCCCCUACUGGAAAAUAUGUAUGUUUCAAAAACACUUCUUGCUAUCCUGUGUAGAAAAAGGCACAAAUCUACUCAAAAUAGCUUGUGCUAUUUGAUUGUCACUUCUCCUGAAACUAAAGACAGUUUUUCUUUAUGUAUUCAAUUUUCAUGUUAAAAUAAUCAGCAUUCAAAUGGUGUGCCCCUGAAUAUAGAUUCUUUCUGGGAAAAAAAAAAAGCAUACCACUUGUAA